CGGCGCCGCUCUCUUUUCGGCGGGAGGUCGCGGGAGGGAAGGAGUGGCGGUGGCGGCGGCGGCGGGAGCGGGAGCGGCCUGUGGGCGGCGCAAGGGCAGCGAACUCUCCUCCUGACGGUCCGCCGAGGGGAAGAGAAAGAGGAAGGCAGGCGGGAGGCCACGCGGCGGGACCGGAGCGUUUGUUUGCCUGCCAACACGCGUCGACCCGACCAUGGCCGAUUACCUGAUCAGCGGCGGCACCGGCUACGUGCCCGACGACGGGCUCACGGCGCAGCAGAUGCUCAACUGCGGAGACGGCCUGACCUACAAUGACUUCUUGAUACUCCCUGGCUACAUAGAUUUUACUGCAGACCAAGUGGACCUGACCUCUGCUCUGACCAAGAAGAUAACACUGAAGACUCCCUUGGUAUCCUCCCCAAUGGACACUGUAACAGAAGCCAGCAUGGCUAUCGCAAUGGCUCUCACAGGUGGGAUUGGAUUUAUCCAUCAUAACUGUACUCCAGAAUUCCAGGCCAAUGAAGUACGAAAAGUGAAGAAAUAUGAACAGGGAUUUAUCACAGACCCAGUGGUGCUGAGUCCCAAAGACCGUGUCCGAGAUGUUUUUGAAGCAAAGGCCCGUCAUGGGUUCUGCGGCAUCCCCAUCACAGACAAUGGGAAGAUGGGCAGCCGACUCAUGGGGAUUAUCUCCUCCCGAGACAUCGAUUUUCUGAAGGAGGAAGAACAUGACCUGCCACUUAGUGAGAUCAUGACUAAGCGGGAAGACCUGGUUGUAGCACCUGCAGGAGUUACGUUAAAAGAAGCCAAUGAAAUCUUGCAGAGGAGUAAGAAAGGAAAAUUGCCAAUCGUUAAUGAAAAGGGUGAGCUGGUGUCCAUAAUUGCUCGCACAGACCUGAAGAAGAAUCGGGACUACCCACUGGCCAGUAAAGAUUCCAAGAAGCAGCUACUAUGUGGAGCUGCCAUCGGAACCCACGAAGAUGACAAGUACCGUCUUGACCUACUGGUGCAAGCUGGUGUGGAUGUUGUUGUGCUGGAUUCUUCUCAGGGGAAUUCCAUUUUUCAGAUCAACAUGAUCAAAUAUAUCAAAGAGAAGUAUCUGGAUCUCCAGGUCAUUGGAGGAAAUGUGGUGACAGCAGCUCAAGCAAAGAACCUGAUUGACGCUGGGGCUGAUGCCCUGAGAGUUGGCAUGGGCAGCGGCUCCAUCUGCAUCACCCAAGAAGCUGCUCCAAAGAUCCCUCCAGACCUAAAGUCCCACAGCCCCAAAUGCCCUUCCACAGUCACUGGCACCUAUAUCUUGGCAUGCGGGAGGCCACAGGCCACAGCGGUCUACAAAGUGUCCGAGUAUGCCCGGAGGUUUGGGGUGCCCGUGAUUGCAGAUGGUGGCAUCCAAAAUGUUGGGCAUAUUGCCAAGGCCCUUGCCCUUGGCGCUUCCACAGUGAUGAUGGGCUCCCUUCUGGCUGCCACCACAGAAGCCCCAGGGGAGUAUUUCUUCUCUGAUGGGAUACGGCUGAAGAAGUACCGGGGCAUGGGGUCACUGGAUGCCAUGGACAAGAACCUGGGCAGCCAGACGAGAUACUUCAGUGAGACAGAUAAAAUCAAGGUGGCACAAGGGGUCUCGGGUGCCGUGCAAGACAAGGGCUCAAUCCACAAGUUUGUGCCAUACCUGAUUGUUGGCAUUCAGCACUCCUGCCAGGAUAUCGGUGCAAAGAGCUUAACACAACUGAGGGCCAUGAUGUAUUCUGGAGAGCUGAAAUUUGAAAAGAGGACAACAUCUGCCCAAGUGGAAGGAGGGGUUCACGGACUCCACUCGUAUGAAAAGCGCCUUUUCUGAUGAAGGUCCCCUGCACCUUUCCAGAGCCUUGUUUUGCCCUGCAGGGCCUGUGCUGCCAUCAUCAUGAACUGCUUCCUUCACAAAAGUGCCAUUUUGCUGGAGGGGUGGCGUGUCUUGACCUCCGCUCCAUUCAUCAGCUGCUUUGACCAAGGCUGGAGAGGAUGUACCGAUCUGUGCCAGAAGUGCUCUCAGCUGGAUGAAGCUCUGUCUCUCUCUUGAGAGAGAGACCAUGUAUGUGUGUGUGAAGUUUGUCUGGGUUUGAUUUUUUUACACAAUAAAAUAUGAGAAUGCAAAACUUU